AAAUGUUCAUUUCAUCUUACUUAUGUUUCAAGGUUACAACUGAUUUACAGUUUCUGGUUUCUAAAUAUAAAAAGUUGCAAUUUGUUCAUCAUAAUCAAUGUUUCACCAUUCAUAAGUUAUUCAUUUUUCACAUACAUAUAUAAUAAAUAUCUUUUUAAGUCUAUCCAACUUAUUUGGAUAUCAAUAUAGUAGAUCUAAUACUUAUUUUCUCAUAAGUUGGAAAUAAUUUUAAUCUUCAAAACUUUUUGUUGCUGUUCUUGAACUUUUCUUUAACCCUUUUUU